AAUGAGACCAGGAGAAGUUUUUGAAAAGUUUAUCAGUCAAGCACCAGAUUUUGUACCUCAAAAGAAUUAAUCAUAUACACUUUAAGAAGAUCUCAAAAUUAUGUUAGCCCUUAAGGAUAUCAGCAUAGUUCAAUCUAAAAAUUUUAGAGAUAUUGAAGAAAGCCAAAUUGUUAAAAGAACUUACAAUUCAAUAAAAAAUAGGUUAGCUAAGUUCUUAUAUUAGAUAUAUGGAUUACCUUUAAUAUCUGUCAUAAGAAAAUAUGGAAUAAAUUGCUUAACAUUUAAAUGAACAUGGAUUAGUGGGAUAUUUGUUAUUUAGUAAUUCAUAGCCAAGAGAAUUAUUAAAGAUUGUUAAUUUCGAUCCUAAAACAAUGGAGAAAGAAAAAAAGAAAGUAGAAGAUGAACUAGAGAUUAAUAAAUUGUAAAAGGUUAAAGUUGAACAUAAAAAACAAAUUGAUCCUACUUUUCCCAAAAAUGAUUUUGAUAAAUUUUCAAUUGAGGAUAUGGAUCAAGUUCUUAGUCUCUUAUCUGAUUAUAAAGGAGUUCCUAAAGCAUAUUUAGUUGAAAGACUUCAUUAAUUAAGUGGGAAUUUAGAAGACUUGGAUGGAUUUUUAAAAACUAAUGAUGACACUUAUUGCUUUUUGGAAGAAGAGGAUCACUUAUUGAAAGAAGAUUAGAACAAAGAGAGUCCAGCAAUUCGACUAUUAAUAAGGAAGAAAGGCAUUUCAAGAGUUUAAAGAAGAUUAAAAUACUUAGGGAAAUGA